AUGUCCAGCAGCACCAAUGCCCCCAGCCAGAGGAGGGUGUCUCGGGGCUUGGAUGAUGCCACCAACAAAAAGAAGCAGAAGGAUCGAGCCAACCAGGAGAGCAAGGAAGUGUCUCGCUCUGAGCUCGAGCAGGCUGAGGCUGCCCAGGAGAAGGACUCAGAGGAGGAGCUGCUUCUGGACUGGAAGCAGAAUGCUGAUGAGAUCAUUGUCAAGCUGAAUUUGGGCGGUGAAGCUCUGAAGGUAGAGGAUGUGGAUGCUUCUUUCACUGACACGGACUGUGUGGUCAAGCUGCCAGACGGGCGCGAGUGGAGCUGUCAGUUCUACGAGGAGAUUGAGGGCUCCUGCAGCAAGAUCCAGUGCAAAAAGGGCAACUUCCUACAUCUUGUGGUUCCACAGAAGAGAAAGAAAGAUGGAUCCAAAGAGCUGGCCAAAGGGGCCGCAUGCUGGGAGAACGGGAAGGAGAAGGCUGCUUCUGCAGAGCUGGCCUCUGAAGAGCCACAGGCUGAAAGCGCAGAGCUGCCGAGAUCCCGAUCCCGGCGGGAAGCCUCCAACCCCAAGCGUGCUCCAGGAAGGAGCGAGGCCCUGGGAGGGAAGAGCCCAGCCAGCCCAGGGAUGCAGAGCGGCCCCAGCGCCAAGCGGGCAGUUUACCUCAAAGUGGCUCCCACUGAAGAGGAGCCGAAUGCCAGAGUCACUGGGAGCGUGGAGCCCAGCAAAGGGCACAGCGGGAGGGCUGGGAGACGCCGCCACGGCAGGGGGCGCGCGGUGCCCUCAGCCCUCACGGACCUCACCAUGCCACUGGAGAAGGCUGUGGUGCUGGCCAAGGAGACAGUUCCCGUGGAGAUGCCACCCCUUGCAGCUACCACAGAGGUGUUCCCCCACUGCAUUGCUACCUGUGUGGAGAAGAGAGUCCUGCAGCCAGGCAGCCCUGCUGAGGCCUUGCGGGGCCGGGACUGCACGCCCGUGCUGGGAGAGAGCUCCAAGGCUGUCCCAGUGGCCACCCCUCCCCUGGGCAGAGACGGUGAGAAGAGGGACUGGUCCAAGGAUGACGUGGCUCUGGAAGCAGCAGCUGAUGAGCCAGAGCCUUUUGUGAGCCUGACCUUUGUCAAGAAUGACUCGUAUGAGAAGGGCAAUGACCUGGUGGUGGUGCACGUCUACGUGAAGGAGAUCCACAAGGAGACAUCCAAAGUGUUGUUCCGGGAACAAGACUUCACACUGGUGUUCCAGACAAGUGACACAAACUUCCUUCGCCUCCAUCCUGGCUGUGGGCCCCACACAGUGUUCCGGUGGCAGGUGAAGCUCAGGAACCUUAUUGAGCCAAACCAAUGCACGUACAACUUCACGUUGUCUCGCAUCAAUGUCUGCCUGAAGAAACGCCAGAGCCAGCGCUGGGGUGGGCUGGAGGCUCCAGCCACACGAGGUGCAGUGGGUGGUGCAAAGGUUGCCAUGCCUACAGGCCCUACCCCUCUGGACAAGAACCCCCCUGGCAGCAACCAGCACCCCCUGUCCAGCAAGGAAGAGGCCCGAGCCAGUGACAAAGAGAAGCCACGUGUGGAAGAUGGGGGUCUGGAUGGUGUGGCAGCACGUACGGCCCAAGAGCAUGUGGCAGUGAAGCAAGAGCCACACAUCCCAUCGCCCAAACCAACGUGCAUGGUGCCACCGAUGACACACAGCCCGGUGAGCACCGAAAGCGUGGAGGACGAUGAGGACGAGGAUGAGAAGAAGAAGGUCUGUCUGCCUGGCUUCACGGGGCUGGUGAACCUGGGCAACACCUGCUUCAUGAACAGCGUCAUCCAGUCCCUGUCCAACACCCGGGAGCUGCGUGACUACUUCCAUGAUCGGUCCUUCGAGUCGGAAAUCAACUACAACAACCCGCUGGGGACGGGGGGCCGCUUGGCCAUCGGCUUUGCCAUGCUGCUGCGGGCGCUGUGGAAGGGCACACACCAUGCCUUCCAGCCCUCGAAACUGAAGGCAAUCGUGGCCAGCAAGGCCAGCCAGUUCACUGGCUAUGCCCAGCACGAUGCUCAGGAGUUCAUGGCCUUCCUGCUUGAUGGCCUGCACGAGGACCUCAACCGCAUCCAAAACAAGCCCUACACGGAGACUGUGGACUCGGAUGGGAGGCCUGACGAGGUGGUAGCUGAGGAGGCCUGGCAGCGGCACAAGAUGAGGAACGACUCUUUCAUUGUGGACCUCUUCCAGGGCCAGUACAAAUCCAAGCUGGUGUGCCCAGUGUGUUCCAAGGUAUCCAUCACCUUUGACCCAUUCCUGUACCUCCCCGUGCCCCUCCCUCAGAAACAGAAGGUGCUGACUGUCUACUACUUUGCAAAAGAGCCGCACAAGAAACCCAUUAAGUUCCUCGUGAGUAUCAGCAAGGAGAACUCCAGUGCCAUGGAGGUGCUUGACUCGGUGGCCCACAGCGUGCGUGUGAAACCAGAGAACCUGCGCCUGGCAGAGGUGAUCAAGAAUCACUUCCACCGCAUGUUCCUGCCGUCCAACUCGCUCGACACAGUCUCCCCCACGGACCUGCUGUUCUGCUUCGAGGUGCUGUCCCCAGAGCUGGCCAAGGAGCGGGUGGUGGAGCUGCAGGUCCAGCAGCGUCCGCAGGUGCCCAGCGGCCCCGUGGCCAAGUGUGCAGCCUGCCAGAAGAAGCAGCUCUCAGAGGAUGAGAAACUCAAGCGCUGCACAAGGUGCUAUCGAGUCGGCUACUGCAACGUGGCAUGUCAGAAAACGCACUGGCCAGACCACAAGGCUUUGUGCCGCCCCGAGAACAUCGGUUUCCCCUUCCUCAUCAGUGUGCCUGAGUCCCGCCUCACCUACGCCCGCCUGGCCCAGCUGCUGGAGGGCUAUGCAAGGUACUCAGUCAGCGUGUUCCAGCCUCCAUUCCAGCUGGCACGGAUGUCACCAGAGCAGGGGCUGCAGCCUUUGCUCCCAGACAAGCUGGAACCCCUGACCUCCAAGAGCAGUUGUGCAUCAGCCACCUCUGCCCCCGAGCUGGGGGAUGGGGACAGGACUUCCAGCCUCCUGCAGGAGCCUCCGCUGUCACCGGCUGUGCCCGAGCUGCACCCGGACAUCGGAGACACCAGCACUGUCCGGAGCAAGGGCCUGGCAGCCAGGAGUUCCCUGCUGAGCCUGGAUUCGGGCUUCCCCGAGCGCAUGGAGUCACAGGGCGACAGCUGUUGCGAGAAGGAGCCGUCCUAUGAGCGAGCCCUUAAGCCAGAAGCUGCCAUCCCUGGGUACCAGCACACUCCAGACUCGCUGAGCGCCCGCGCCACCCAGUUCUACAUCAACAAGAUCGAUGCUGCCAACAGAGAGUACAAGCUGGAGGAUAAAGGUGACACCCUCCUGGAGCUGACAGACGACUGCUCCCUCGCCCUGGUGUGGAAGAACAAUGAACGCCUCAAGGAGUUUGUGUUGGUGGAAUCCAAGGAGCUGGAGUGCAUGGAGGACCCGGGCUCAGCCAGCGAAGCAGCUCGUGCUGGCCACUUCACCCUGGAGCAGUGCCUCAACCUCUUCACCAAGCCCGAAGUCCUGGCCCCAGAGGAAGCGUGGUACUGCCCCAAGUGCAAGCAGCACCGUGAAGCCUCCAAGCAGCUGAUGCUGUGGCGGCUGCCUAAUGUCCUCAUCAUCCAGCUCAAGCGCUUCUCCUUCCGUAGCUUUAUUUGGAGGGACAAGAUCAAUGACAUGGUGGACUUCCCUGUCCGGAACCUGGACCUGAGCAAGUUCUGCAUCGGCCGGAAGGGCGAGCAGCAGCUGCCCGUGUACGACCUGUACGCUGUGAUCAACCACUACGGAGGCAUGAUCGGGGGGCACUACACAGCGUACGCCCGCCUGCCCAACGACAAGAACAGCCAGCGCAGUGACGUGG